AAAAAAAACUUUUUGUAUCGUAGGAAUCAACAGCCGCCAUCUUGACGCGGCUCGGAAUCGGGAUUUCUGGGCUAGCAUUAAUUGUAAAAAUACCGAGCGGGGCCACCCAGACACACCCCGAACGGCGUUUUCUCUCCCAGAAUCGAAGCGUGAGCUCUCCCGGCGAGGAUUAAUGCCAACAUGUGAGGGCUUUUCGGGGUUUUUGUCGUGCCAAAAGCCCACUGUAAAUUUGAUUUCCCUUUUAGCGAGCAGUGCUUCUCGCCGUAUCUCCGGCGUCGAGACGCUGUAUUUCUCCGGGCGACAGCGACGAGAAAAAUAAUCCGCUUCAUAGAAAAUAUUUGUCGAUUUUUGCUCUUUUUAUUGGAGCCUGUGUUGGAUUUUAAGGAGUCUCGAUUCGACGGCGAAAAAAAAUGACUCCGGAUAGACGCGAACCGGCGAUCUCCGGAGAAAUGGCUUCGCUUACGCUUUGUGUGAUAAUUCAUGGUUGAUUUACUAUUUAUUUUUCUCGGCGCAAAAUAUUUUUGGAUGCAGUUAUUGAGGAUAAUUAUGUGGGUGUUGGGUGUUGGAUUAUCAUGGGGUGAUCUUCCGUGGCGAAGCGUGGCGCUGUUGCCUUUCUUUUGAAAUCCCUCUCACCGGGCAGCCUUUUUGCCACUCAAGAAAAAAUACUUCCAUUGAGCCUUGGACGCGCUGUCAUACUGAAAGUUAGCAUUUAUUUAAAAAUAAUAAUAAAAAAGAAGCUUCUACUGCUACAACACCCACCAGAAUGGCUGACAACCUGCUGGAUGUUGGACCCCCAACUGCAAAGCGACCCAAACUGAAUUCGCCUCUCUCAGCAUCGGAUGGUCCAGAUCUUGUUUCCCUGUUUGACUUGGAAAAUGACCUUCCAGACGAGCUCAUCCCAAACGGAGACCUAUCUCAGAUGGGAAUGUCCUCAAACGGUGGCCCGGGCGGAGGAGGGCCCCCCAAUCUCAACUCCAUCGUGUCUGACGCCGCCGCCAAACACAAGCAGCUGUCCGAACUUCUGCGCCCGGGUAGCUCCUCCAUCUUGGGAAGUUCCAUGAACUCAGCCAGCCCCCAACAGGGUGGCAUGGUGGGAGGCCAGCUUGGAGCCGUGCUGGGUAAAAGUCCCCUGGGGCAGGGGUCUCCCAAUCACCAGUCACCCCAGUCUCAGAAAUUAGGCUUAACUACGGGACAAGGCAACGGGGGCAUGGGCUACAAUCAGGCCAUGCUGAGCAGUGGACAGGGUCACGGGGUCUUGGGCCCGAGUGGACAGGUGAUGAAUGGAGCUCUUGGACCAGGAGGUCGAGGACGACCUGGCAUGCAGUACCAGGGCCAAGGUAUGCCGGUUGGUGCGGGCGUUGGAGGAAGUGUGCUGGCAGAGACACUCACCCAAGUCGGGUCACAGCUGGGCGGACACAACGCGCUGACUCCUCAGCAAGCUGGACACAUGAAUAAGAUGGGGAUGUCGGGGGCUCCAUUUGGCCAGCAGUAUGGUCCAACAGGGGUCAGCACCCAGCAGCUCCAGAGCAAGUCAGUCCUUUCCAACAAUCUGCCUCAAUUCCCGUCUGAGUUAAAGGGAGCUGGGAGUGUUUCGAACAUGUCCCAGAUGCAGCAGCAGGUAGCGUCGGUGGGCAUCGUCCCCGGGGGGCCUGGCGGCGUCUCGACCGGCCCGACGGCCGAUCCCGAGAAGCGUAAACUCAUUCAGCAGCAGCUGGUCCUGCUGCUCCACGCACACAAGUGCCAGCGGCGGGAGCGGGCCAACGGGGAAGUGAGGGACUGUACUCUGCCCCACUGCCGCACCAUGAAGAACGUCCUCAACCACAUGACCCACUGCCCGGCUGGCAAGUCCUGCCAGGUGGCCCACUGUGCGUCAUCCAGACAGAUCAUCUCCCACUGGAAGAACUGCACACGGCACGACUGUCCUGUGUGCCUACCACUAAAGAAUGCAAGUGACAAGAGAAACCAGCAACCUAUGCUAGGUUCCCCUGGCGCCAACCUGCAGAACGCAAUCAACACCGUGGGGGCCGGCCAGCCCAGCGCCCCGACCAUUAACAGUGCAACCACACAUAUAGACCCCAGCUCCAUGCAGAGGGCCUAUGCCGCUCUUGGGCUCCCCUAUGGCAACCAGUCCCCUGCUCAGGUUCAGGGCCAGAACCAGGGCCAGGGUGCUACUCAACAAACCCCCCAGGGCCACCAACAGCUACGUAAUAUGAACCCACUAGGCACUAAUCAGAUCAACCAGAUGGCAGCAGGCAUGGGUGUCCCCUCUUCAGACCAAACUGGCUUGCACAGUGGUGACUCUUUGCCCUCCGCACUCAAUCAGUUGUUGCCAGAUGGAUCAGUGGCAGGAGCUAUGGGAAACCUGCCCGCUGCCACCCCUCUCUCGGCUUCAGGGGUCCGGAAGGCCUGGCAUGAACACGUCACUCAGGACUUGCGCACCCACUUAGUGCACAAACUAGUACAAGCCAUAUUUCCUACACCGGAUCCUGCAGCGUUGAAGGACCGAAGAAUGGACAACCUGGUGGCGUACGCGCGCAAGGUUGAGGGUGACAUGUAUGAGUCGGCCAACAGCAGGGAUGAGUAUUACCACUUUUUGGCAGAGAAGAUAUACAAGAUCCAGAAGGAACUGGAGGAGAAGAGGCGCUCGCGGCACCAGCAGCCCGGCAUGGUGGGGAACGUUGGUCCGCAGCAGUCGCAGAUGAGUCAGCCCAACGCAAUGGGCCCGGGACAGCCUGUCCGACCUCCCAAUGGACCUGUGCCUAUGCCAAACAUGCCAAAUCAAAUGAUGAACCGAAUGCAGGUGCCCCAAGGAAUCAAUCAGUACAACCCAAUGGCAAUGCAGAAUGCCCAGAUGUCACAGACGCCCUUGGGGGCGCGGGCUCCCUCCCCCAUGAACCACCCACAGCAGAUGAACAUGAACUCCGUCCCAGCGAUGGGCAUGUCCCCUUCGAGGAUACCGCAAAAUCAAGGAAUGAUGGGUAAUCAUUCGAAUAACAUGCUUCCCCAGUCGGCCAACCAGGGUCAGUUCUUGCCUCAGGCGCAAUUCCCUGCAGCUGCUGGAGGAGCCAUGAAUGUGAAUGUCGGUAUGGGUCAGCCCGUCACGCAAGCUGUCGGUGCACAGCAGCCGCCAAAUUCCAACCUCCCUUUGAAUGCGCUGGGAAGCCUUAGCUCACAGUUGCCCUGUGGCACAGCAGCUCAGCCAAGCUUGGGCGGCACCCCUCCUCCCAACCCCUCCACCAGCCUGCCAGUGCAUCAGCAACACCAUCCACCCGCGCAGGGCCCGGUGCAACCACAGCCCAACACCCCUGGCUCCACGAGCGGGCCCUCCUCCAACCAAACCCACAUACCAAGCAACCUCCCUCGUCCGCCCUCCGCCAUGAGCACGGCCUCAGACCCUUCCCAGCCGCUCACCCCCCUGCAGCCCCAGCCUGACACUUCCAGCCAGCUGCAGCAGCCCACCUCAGUGCCGGCACAGCAUCCCAGCACACCGAUGUCACAGGCUGCUGCUAGCAUUGACAACAGAGUGCCCACCCCAGCCUCGGUGGCCGAACUUAACUCUCAACAGACCCUGCCGGAUAUGACUGCCUCUGAUGUCAAGGUCAAGUCUGAAGUAAAAGACGAAGAUGAUGACAGCAAUUCUGGAAACAAGACAACUAGCAUAAAAGAAGAGGAUGACGACACCAAACCCUCACUGGUGAAAAAAGAGGAGGAAGAUGCAACCGAGCCAAAGCAGGAAGCAAUGGAAACCGAGGACAAGAAGCCAGAGAUAAAGGCUGAACCCAAAGAAGAGGGGGAAGGCGGGGCCAACAGCACAGCCACACCUCCUACUCAGAGCCGCAAAAAAAUUUUCCGACCUGAAGAGCUAAGACAAGCCCUGAUGCCAACACUCGAGGCCCUCUACAGGCAAGACCCCGAGUCCCUGCCCUUCAGACAACCUGUGGACCCCUUGCUGCUAGACAUCCCUGACUACUUUGACAUCGUGAAAAAUCCCAUCGACCUGUCCACCAUCAAGCGCAAACUGGAUACAGGCCAGUACCAGGAGCCGUGGCAAUACGUGGAUGACGUGUGGCUCAUGUUCAACAAUGCGUGGCUGUACAACCGGAAAACAUCUCGCGUUUACAAAAACUGCACCAAACUGGCAGAGGUGUUCGAGGUAGAGAUCGAACCCGUCAUGAAGUCCCUGGGCUAUUGCUGCAGCAGGAAGUACGAGUUCUCCCCCCAGACGCUCUGUUGCUAUGGUAAACAAUUGUGUACUAUCUCAAGGGAUGGCAUCUAUUACAGCUAUCAGAACAGGUAUCACUUCUGUGAGAAGUGCUUCAACGAGAUCCAGGGUAACAGUGUGACCCUGGGGGAUGACCCGGCACAGUCGCAGACAAUGAUUUCCAAAGAACAGUUUGAAAAGAAGAAAAAUGACAUGUUGGACCCUGAACCGUUUGUUGAAUGUAAAGAUUGCGGACGCAAGAUGCAUCAGAUCUGCGUGCUGCACUACGACGUCAUUUGGCCAUCAGGCUUUAUCUGUGAUAACUGUCUGAAGAGGGCUGGGAAAACCAAAAAGGAGAACAGGUUUUCAGCCAAAAGGCUGCAGUCUACGAGGUUGGGGACGUACAUUGAGGACAGAGUGAACAAGUACUUGAAAAGACAGAACCACCCAGAGGCUGGUGAGGUGUUUGUGCGAGUUGUUGCCAGCUCUGACAAAACAGUGGAGGUGAAGCCUGGAAUGAAGUCCAGGUUUGUGGACUCGGGUGAGAUGGUGGAGAGCUUCCCUUAUAGAACCAAAGCACUUUUUGCAUUUGAAGAAAUCGACGGUGUGGACGUCUGUUUCUUUGGCAUGCACGUCCAAGAGUAUGGCUCAGAUUGUCCUUUUCCAAAUACAAGGCGGGUUUAUAUAUCAUACCUCGACAGUAUUCACUUCUUCAAACCACGCAUGCUCAGGACUGCAGUUUACCAUGAAAUAUUAAUAGGCUACCUGGAGUAUGUCAAGAAACUGGGGUAUGUGAUGGGUCACAUCUGGGCCUGCCCACCCAGCGAAGGGGACGACUACAUUUUCCACUGCCACCCUCCUGACCAGAAGAUCCCCAAACCCAAGCGGCUCCAAGAGUGGUACAAAAAGAUGCUGGAAAAGGCUUUUGCUGAGAGAAUCCUACAUGACUUUAAGGACAUUUUCAAGCAAGCAACGGAAGACAGGCUAACCAGUGCAUAUGAGCUGCCGUACUUUGAGGGGGACUUUUGGCCUAAUGUGCUGGAGGAGAGCAUCAAGGAACUGGAGCAGGAAGAGGAGGAGAGGAAAAAGGAGGAGAACACGGCCUCCUGUGAGACGCCGGAGGGAGCCCACGCUGACAGCAAGAAUGCCAAAAAGAAGAACAACAAAAAGACCAACAAGAAUAAGAGCAGCGUCAGCCGUGCCAAUAAGAAAAAGCCCGGGAUGCCCAAUGUAGCCAAUGAUCUGUCCCAAAAGCUCUACGCCACGAUGGAGAAGCAUAAGGAGGUGUUCUUUGUCAUCCACCUUCAUUCGGGCCCGGUCGUUAACACUCUACCACCCAUUAUGGACCCGGACCCUUUGCUGUCUUGUGACCUGAUGGAUGGCCGUGAUGCCUUCCUGACGUUGGCCAGAGAUAAGCACUGGGAGUUCAGCUCGUUGAGACGAUGCAAGUGGAGCAGCAUGUGCAUGCUGGUGGAGCUGCACAACCAGGGCCAGGACCGCUUUGUCUACACCUGCAACGAGUGCAAGCACCACGUGGAGACGCGCUGGCACUGCACUGUCUGUGAGGACUAUGACUUAUGCAUCAACUGCUACAAUGCAAAGGGUCAUGAACACCAGAUGGUGAAGUGGGGCUUAGGUUUAGAUGAUGACAGCAACACCCAGAACGCAGAGGCUUCCAAGAGCCCUCAGGAAAGCCGACGUCUCAGCAUCCAGCGCUGCAUUCAGUCCCUAGUGCACGCCUGCCAGUGCCGCAACGCCAACUGCUCCCUGCCGUCGUGUCAGAAGAUGAAAAGGGUGGUUCAACACACAAAGGGCUGCAAGCGCAAGACCAACGGUGGCUGCCCCGUGUGCAAGCAGCUCAUCGCUUUAUGUUGCUACCACGCCAAGCACUGUCAGGAGAACAAGUGUCCUGUUCCGUUCUGUCUCAACAUCAAGCACAAACUCCGUCAACAGCAGCUACGGCAUCGGCUCGAGCAGCAUCAUUUGAUGCGACGCAGAAUGGCCACGAUGGCUGGAAGGGGUAUGCCCAUGCCAUCGCCACCAACGUCGUCUGCGCCGGAUACUCCCAACUCUGUGCAGCAGCCUAACACACCGCAGACCCCUCAGCCCAUGCCCAAUCAGCCCCAACCACCUCAGCAGCAGCAGCAGCAGCCGGCACCCAACCAUGCCAAUGUCGGCCAAGUCUUCCCCAACAAUGGUCGCAUCAGCCAGCCCCCGACACCGAUCCCGCAGGGCAAACCAGGGCCUCAGUCGUCGCCGCUCCAUCAGCAGCAGUCUCCAUUGCCCAGCUUACCACAUCAACAGCAGCCUCCAUCUCAGAUGGUACAGCAGCAGCAGCAACAGCAGCCCCUGCUGGCGGCGCUGAAGGUGGCUAAACAGAUUGAGAUGGUAGCAAAAGCAAAGCAGCAGCAGCAGCAGCAACAGCAGCAAAAUUACACCAUGAAUGGGAUGCCGAUGAACCACCCGCGCAUGAUGGGACCCAUGCAGGGUCAGAUGCAGAUGAUGCAAGGACCCCGGGGGCCUCAGGUGAUGCAGACCAUGCAGCAAGGACAAUGGGGUCCGGGAAUGCAGAGUCCCAUGCAGAAAGCUCAGGGCCAUCCGCAGCAGAUCCCGACACAACAAGGUGUCAUGGCCGCUCAGCAGGUUCAGGGCGCCGCCAUGCAGCAAGGCCCGCUCAUGCAGAGGCCCAUGAUGGCCCAGCAACAGGCGCUCCAAAUGCCCGGAGUCAUGCCUCCCCAGGGGCCCUCCCAACAGGGCAUGACGCCACAGCAGCAGAAUAUGCCUCGGGGGAUGCCUGGUAACAUCGCACCCAACGCUUUGCAGGAGUUACGGCGCACCCUGAGAUCUCCCAGCUCUCCCCAGCAGCAGCAGCAGGUCCUGAACAUCCUCAAGUCGAACCCCCCACUCAUGGCUGCCUUCAUUAAACAGAGGGCGGCAAAAUAUCAAGCGAGUCAGCCGCAGCAGAACCAUCAAUCCAUGCAGGGAUCUCCGGCAGCAAUGCAGGCCAUGAUGCAGGUGCAGCGGCCUGGAAUUCCCCCUCAGCAGCAAGCUCCUCAGCAGGUAGGGCCGCAGGGUAUGGCCCCCAUGGGACCCCAAGGCCAAAUGAUGAAUGUGGCUCCAAACUGCAAUCCUCAGCUUUACCGCAGACAGCAGCUGCUGAGGAUGCAGCAACAGGCGCAGCAGCAGCAACAGCAGCAGCAACAAGGUGGCAUGCCUCAGCCCCACGGUCAGUUCCCCCAGCAGCAGCCGGGGCCGGCCACCUACUCCCAGCUCCGUAUGCAGCAGCAGCAGAUGGCUAUGCAAGGAGGUGUCGGGCCUAUGGGCCAGCUUCCUCCCUCUUCCCAAAUGGGCCAAGGUGGCAUGGGCAUGGACGGGCCCCAGAACCUUCUGCAACAGCGGAUGCUCCAGCAACAGCAACAGCAGAUGUUGAAGCAGCAGAUGGGCUCUCCGGCGCAAGCUAAUUCCAUGAGCCCUCAGCCGCACAUGCUCCAAGGCCAAGCACAGGCCAGUGCUCACUUAACCGGCCAACCCAUGGCAAACUCUUUAGGCAACCAAGUGCGCUCGCCAGCCCCGGUCCAGUCGCCUCGGCCGCCUUCGCAGCAGCCCCCGCAUUCCAGCCCCUCUCCACGGAUGCAGCCUCAGCCCUCUCCCCAACAUGGCGCCCUUCUCUCAAGCUCCCCUCACCCCAGCCUUGGAGGACCUAUGUCAGGCCCAAUGGAGCAAGGACACAUGGGGACGCCGGAGCACAGUGCCAUGCUUCCACAGCUCAACACACCAAACCGAGGGGGCUUAAGUACUGACAUGGGCAUGGUGGGGGACCCAACGGGAGACACGCUGGAGAAAUUUGUUGAAGGAUUGUAGCAGAAGGUAGGUCUUGGUAAAACGGUUAGCGUCAUGAGGCCUAUGAACCGUGAACUGUGAACUGCUAUCCGAGCGACUGCUUUUUAUUCCAACACGGUGAUUCACCAGUCACUGUUGCAAAGAGGACACAAAGGAUAUAUUUUUUGGUUUGGACCAGCCAGGCAAGAAUUUGCUGUGUUUCAAUUUGGUUUGCAUUUGUUACGCUCUGGUAUUUGGUAUUUUUUUAAAAAAACCUCUCAAAACAAAAAAUAUCUCAUUUUAUUUUUCAUUAUUUUUUAAUUUUGUAUCUUUGCAAAUAAAUAUUGUAUUUGUGUUGAGCAGACUGUAAAAGUUCAAACUGGGAUUUUUUUUUUCCCUCUCGCCAGUUUUGACCUUUUGCUCUGUUGCUCCUGUUCCAGGCUAAUUUAUUCUAAUAUGCCAUUUUUUUCAAAAGGACUGCCUUUGGGAAAGCCUUAAUUUUCCUUCCUGCUUGCAGAAUCUAUGGAAGAUUGACGUGUUUGUUUAGAUCUAGGAACUAUUGCACACAUACAAACACAGCAGGCAGGUGAUGGAAGACAUCUGCAUUGAAGCUUGUCCCUCCCCCUAAUGCCAGAAUGUUGUUUUCUUUACUGGCCUUGGCUCCGUAUUUGUCUUGCAUAUGUACAAAUAAUCACUUUAGUUUCUCUUUCAGUCCAAACAAAUUCUCUUCCAAGUCCUGUUCUCCUUUUGCCUGUGGUGAGAAAUGAACUUGUUCAACUGCUGAUUUGUGUUUAGAGUUGUGUGCAUCAUUUUCUAUCUUACAUUAAACUUGAAUCCAUGACGAACUGUUCUCUCAUGUCACGCAGCUCAACAGCACUGUAAAUAUGCUGAAAAUAAGAAUGAGAUCACUGUACAAACUGGUUCAAAAUGGCUCAUUUCGUACUUAUAUACCAUAUUGUUUAAUAAACCUGUGUGCCACAGA